CGACCACAGGUGUCUCACACACCACCGCCUGCGACUUGUUGUCAUUUCUGACGCAUAGCAUUCUACAAUACCCUACUUCCUUGCCGUUUUUCAUUGUUUUCUGCAUCGUCCAGCCAUUGACUUGUGCGUGGUCGAGUUUGCGACAGCUGAUAAUUUCUGGUACCUCAACACCGGCGGUUCGAUUUCGUCUUGUCUUAUCAGAUCAAACCAUGGGCAAGCUCCACUUCCCACCAGCUGUCGACCUUACAGGUCCGGACAGGUUAGUGUUGGGCCAUUUGCAGAAGGACUAUGAGCAAUUCGAUUCGAAGGCUCAGCCCGUGCUGGUUGAUACCGCAGAAGAGUCGGAUGAUUCUGCUACCAAACGUACAGAAUUCGUUUCCCCUUCCUCGGAGGACACUCAGGAUAGCGAGCAGCAGACCAUCACCUACCUAAAGAACCUUAACGACCCUAAGUCAGGUGUCUUCGAAAUUACGGUCUUCAGCUCCGUGGAUCUUCCUGACAUCAAGAACUCAUUCCUGCGCAAAUGGAUCAUCGACCCGUACGUCCGCUGGGCAAAGGGUGUCGUCCGAGCUGAGACUGAUGUGAUCAUGAUCACGCAUCUUAUCACUUACCUCUGCACCAGUGUUCCGUCUGCACUGUACCUGUUCUACAACUUCCACUGGUGGCACGGUGUACUCCACUCAGCUGUACAGCUUUACUACAUGGGUCCGUACACCCUGCUCAUGCACCAACACAUCCAUAUGAGGGGAGUAUUGAAAAAGAAGUACGCCCUUGUUGAUACCAUCUUCCCGUACAUAUUCGAUCCAUUGAUGGGACAUACCUGGAACUCGUACUUCUUCCACCACGUCAAACACCACCACAUCGAAGGUAAUGGACCAAACGAUCUGUCUUCAACUGUCCGAUAUCAACGCGACAGUGUGCUGCACUUCCUCCACUAUGUUGGCCGCUUCUAUUUGUUGGUAUGGUUCGAUCUGCCACGCUACUUCUUGCGCAACAACAAGACCGGCCUUGCGCUGAAGGCUGGCGGGUUUGAGAUCGCCAACUACAUCUUCUUGUACACCAUGUACAAAUUUGUAAACUUGAAAGCCACGAUCUUCGUCUUCCUGGUCCCACUUGCGCUCAUGCGCAUAGCACUCAUGACUGGCAACUGGGGCCAGCAUGCAUUUGUGGACGAGGUUGAGCCGGACUCUGACUUCCGAUCCAGCAUCACGCUGAUCGACGCACCCAGCAACCGCUACUGCUACAACGACGGCUACCACACCUCCCACCACCUCAAUCCCUUACGUCACUGGCGCGACCACCCCGUCGCCUUCCUUUCGCAAAAGCAGCAGUACUCAGAUGAGCACGCGCUCGUGUUCUACAACAUCGACUACUUCAUGCUGACCAUCACGCUACUGAGCAAGAACUAUGAGCACUUGGCGCGAUGUCUGGUCCCGAUGGGGGAUCAGAUGAAGUUGACGUUUGAGGAGAGGGUGGAGAUGUUGAAGAGGAAGACGAGGAAGUUUAGUGAGGAGGAGAUUGCGGAGAAGUGGGGAAAGCAGUAUGCUAAGCUGAAGUGAGGGUGGUUGUACAUUCAAUUAGCAUUCGUAACGCAUGUACAACAAUCAUCACAAGGAAGUUCACGAAGCUUCAUACUCGGUACAUAAGCACGCGAACCGAAGACCAAAAGUAUUGCGACAUCCGCUAACCCCUGCGCCGUUCGCCGAUCCCAAUCCGGUCACUGUCCUUCCCUUCCCAAAAUGUAGAGAAAUACCCAUGUUCCAAUACUCUGA